GCAAUUUUCAUUUGUACAUCGACAGUAACCCACGAUCGCGCUAGUUUUGGUUUACUUCCCCACUUUGUUGGUCAAAAAAUUUCGCACCACCUGUUCAACCGAUCAAAUGCAAGACUAGCUUCAGACAGUUCUCCUGUUUUUAUCUUGAGUUUCCCUGAUUAGCUGUUAGAAUUAUUCUGGCUUUGGUUCCGCGACCCUUGAUUGAAUCGCUAUCUAACUUGGUAUCGUAUGCUGUCGCUACCAAAAGCGUUACCGUUAUCAUAUUGCGUGACAAACCUAGCCGUGAUUUCUCGGAAGCUUGUGAAAUGUUGAUAUCAAACCGAACUUAACUGUCCCGACCCUUGUUAUUACAAACUGGCAGCCUAUCCAGUGAAUGCACUGAACAUAAGAAAUUAAAUAUAACGAAUCAGCUAACGAAGUUGAGAACAAUAGGCCGUUGAAUGACUCGCGGUCACGUGACAUAAUGGACUUUGCCAGAAAAAUUCUUCAAUCAAUGUUGACGUUCCCGAUGGUGUUUCUAGGAAAUCACUGAUACCUUACAGACAACAAACAUGCAGAAGUCACAAACGCAGGCCAUUAUUUUGCCUUUUUGGACGUUUACUGUCCUUGUAACGGUAUUAGUCGGUCUAUUCCCUGCGUUACUGUAUUGUAUUGGUGAGAUUGUAGUGCUGAAAUCUCGCUUUGAGCAACAACAGCAGACAAUCGAGUACUUAGAAAACGUCACAGCGCAGAUCCAACGAAGAACCGUUGGAGAUGAUUUCUCGAGCAGCGAAACGCAAGAGGCUCAUCAGAGUUUUACGAAAUGGAAGGAAAGCGAAAUUCAGCAGAUGAGACAGAAGAGGAACACUGGCACAACAAAGAAUGAUUCAUGUCGCUGCAGGCGAGGUCCCAAAGGAGAGCGGGGACCAAAAGGACAGAAAGGAUCGAGGGGAAGAAAGGGAAGGACAGGACCUAAAGGUGACACAGGAGCACUCGGUAACACUGGACCACCGGGAAGGGAUGGACAGAAAGGGAACAUGGGUGAGCGAGGGGAGCCUGGGCCUCCAGGCCAACCAGGCUCAAUGUUUCAGUCCACAGACUCGGCUCACAUCGUUGGGUAUGGUGAGCACAUUAAUCCUCCAAGAGGUACAACAAAAUUCCACCGCAUCACAAACUGGAGACUAGGCCACAUAACCGGAAGUAUCAAAUUCGUCAGCAACAGCUUCCUUGUGAUUGGCACAACCGGCUACUACUUCGUGUACAGCCAACUAUUCUAUUACGCAGGGGACACUCUCCUCAUGGGCCAUUACACGUACAUCAACGAGGAGCCGGUCAUGCGCAGUCUGAGCAGUGUCGUCAGCGAGGAGAGAAAGUACAACACGAAUUAUCACGGCGCGGUGUUCUUGCUCAAAAGCGGUGACAAAAUAUCUGUGCGUAUCCCGUUCACAAAGUCCUACUUUAUGCACAAGGAAACCAGUUAUUUCGGCGCUUUCCUUAUCAGCCCCGUGUUAAACACGACCACUCUUGUUCAACCUACUAACACAAGUCAGGAUUUCCCAUAGAGCGUUUUUCAAUUGAGUGUCGGAAGUAAUCCGGAAAUGAAAUGGUUUCGUCCUACUUUUCUCUGUGAUUGAUUUAAAAAUCUUGUGCCACUUUCUCAGCCAAUGAGAUGCAAAAAAAUAAUAAUGAUAAUAAAUCGUUACCUUGGUACUCGCCCUUUCCCGCGCCUCAAGCAUUAAGGGACCACUCAUUAUUUAUCACCUGGCGAGGGUGGGGGGAGAAGGGAGGGGAGGGUGGAGGAUUUUUGGGAUUGCUUGGUUUUCAGUGGGAACGGAGGGGGAUCUGUCGUAAGAAUAUUAAAGAACUCUAAGGGUAGAUCAGGUAAAUUUUAUCGUGACGUAAUCAAAAUCCUCCAACUCCCAGCCCUCCUUCCGCGAUAUAUAAAAACAGGUCCCUAAGCUUGUUUUUACAGUAUAUUCUCAUUGGUUAUUGUGAUAAUUUUCUCUUCUAUGAUUGGAUGGUGGAAUUACUUUGUUUGAUUUUUGCGACACUCGAUGGAAACGCACUGUGAAAAGUACUGGCGUUAAUUUUGUUUGAAACUUUAUCUAGUCAUAGGUUUAUCAACAGAGCUUCCACUACUUGAAUAACGUCACAUACGACGCCAGAGGUGUUAGGAGAGGGAAAAGUUAUCUUGUUACAAGCAAAUUAAUGGGACACCUCCCAUGUGCAUACACUAGCUAUUUUCUAUUUUCAUUCGCUCGUUGUGAUGUGCAAAAUUCCCUAACGAGUGAAGGGGACGACAACUUAUAACUUCGGUAAGUUGGCGAAAAAAGUGGAAAGAAUAGACCAGUUAGAAUGGUAAAGAUUAACAAGAAGUUUAAAUGAAAUUCUUUAAAACGUACUCUAAAUUUUCAAGAUUAAAAAAAAGAGCGAUAGUUCCCACAAGUUUCCAAAAUUUAGAAAAAAAAAUCUUUUUGGGGUGUUUGACUACCUAUGUUUCGAUUUUUCAGGCGAGUACUCGUAAGUUCUACAAUCAUCAUAUUGUAUAUAAAAAUAUAUAUAUAUAAAAAAUAGUACAAUUAUUUUUUGAAGGUCUUUAAAACAUGACCGGAUGAUUUUGGCGGACGUACACGGUGAAGUGCUCGUGUAAUCGUUCACGCAUGCAUUAACAACAUCUCCCCUUCUCUGACCUCUCAUAUGGAAUUGAAGUGGAAAGGCGAGGGGAAAGACUUGGGAAAGGUUGUGCGUGAGUCACGUCAACAUUACUUGUCACUUUUGUUUUGUUUUUUUGUUUUUUAAGGUCAGUCAACUUUAAGGUCAUCCUCGUUGUCGCAUUUGUAGUAACACACAAUGCUUGUGACACGUACGGUGAAUAACUUGUACGUCUGCCAAAAGAAACACGGGGACCUCAUAGAGGUUAACAAUUAACGAAGUCUGCGUAAUGCACAAUAUAUAUAUAUAUCUAUUUGAGGGAGAAUCUUGCGACAUAUCUUGUAAGUUUUAGUGUUGGUAAAUUUUGCAAAAACUUCCAUUUUGAAUUGUUUUUAAAUUGGUGGUUUGUAAAUUAAGAGUAAAAGGAGACCUGUCGCUUUUGAUAACCGACAGUGGAUUGGAUGAUUGCGCACGAUCUAACUUCAAAUUCUAUUGUAAAUAAACACAUAUAAAUGACUUCUAUUUCAAGGUGUGUCUUUAGUUGUCACGCAAUGCGUAACGGAAUAGGACGUAGUGUUUCGUUUUCUUUCCUCUUUCAUUAGAUGCAUAUUUAUCACAAUGAGAAAAUUUAAGGUUGAAGUGACCCAUAAAUAUACGUUGCUUACGUCAGUCGUCCACCAAAAAAAAAAUUCAAGGAAUAUUGCGGGCUCAGUUACCCUUUUGAAACAAAAACAAGACCAGACAAGCAAGCUGACCUUGCGUGACAGCCAAAGAGCAUGUCGUGUUGCAUCAUAUACCCGUCAAUUCUCAGUUCUCAGUGCUUCAACGAAAAAUAUAUUCUUUUCUCUCUAAUAUGCUACGUCUGCAUGCAACAGAAGGAUACACUUCUCUUUUUAAUUUCAUUUUUGCCUAAGAAAAAUAAAGGCAAUCCCAUGGGGUCUAUAUCCUGUCAGAAUGGAAGCCAUUUCCGUAGGCUUGAGCAAUCAGACGUUCGUUGCUUUUCAAAAUGUAACGUGGAACGUUCCCUUUUGUCUCUUUUUCCUUCAAUGUUUCCCUUAAUUUAUUGGCCUUUUACUCACUUUUGAGAACAACGAAAGAAGGAUCAUAUUCCUUGUUUUGAACGUUUUCUUUCGUCCUUAAAUCUGCACAAAAUCAGCAUUUUUGUACAUAAUUUACUUUUUUUAUCUGCAUGUUUGAGGUUGAUGACGGAAAGUAUGACUCAAUCCCUUUUGACCAUGAGGUGAGCUUGUUUAAAAACCAUCAGUACAUUCAUAAAUAACUUUAUGACGAUCGCAAUCGAUUGUAGACUUGCAAGCAAUAUCGAGUUGUUUGUUAUGCAAAAAAUAAAGCUUACGUUAGCAUAUUAA